CCUUUUAAGUAAAUUUGUAUCACUUCCCCGAGUUGACGCAGAAGAGACUUAGAUAAGAUACGCGCAUAUAGUACAGACAGACCCGAUAGACUGAUAGAGUAUAGACACGUACGCACCGAAUACCUGCAACCUCAUUCAUCAACUUUGAGCCGCGGCCGAAAAUGAUAGGCUAUCGCAUGUUACGCCCAUGGUUGGGCAACCAGCUGAUAACCGACCUAUUUAAAGCAAGACCGGCUUGCGCUCCGUCAAACGCGGAGUUCAGACCGAAAAGUUUAAUUCAGUGUUACUGCAACAUGGCUUCCUACGAUAAGGCUGCAAAUCAAUUGGUGGAUUGGAAAAAGCAAAAUGCGACUAAGGAAUCAGCAACGACGGGAACCGGAUGCCCCUUGGCCGUAAAGGACGCCACAUUGACGGUGGGCCCGCACGGACCCAUCCUUCUGCAAGACGUCCACUUUCUCGAUGAAAUAUCCCAUUUCGAUCGUGAACGCAUUCCCGAACGUGUGGUGCACGCGAAAGGCGCGGGUGCCUUCGGAUACUUCGAAGUAACCCACGACAUCAGCAAGUACUGUGCCGCGAAGGUUUUCAAGGUCGGCCAGAAGACGAGAAUCGGCGUUCGUUUCUCGACCGUCGGCGGUGAGUCGGGUUCGGCCGAUACCGUGAGAGAUCCGCGUGGUUUCGCGGUAAAAUUCUAUACGGAAGAUGGUAUUUGGGAUCUUGUCGGAAAUAACACCCCGGUCUUCUUCAUCCGUGACCCAAUCUUGUUCCCGAACUUUAUCCAUACUCAAAAAAGAAACCCCGCCACCCAUCUCAAGGAUCCGAAUAUGUUCUGGGAUUUCUUCAGCUUGAGGCCGGAAGCCAUGCAUCAAAUGAUGAUUAUGUUCUCAGAUCGCGGUAUUCCCGAUGGCUACAGACACAUGAAUGGUUAUGGAUCACAUACAUUCAAAAUGAUUAACGAUCAAGGCAAAGCGGUCUACUGCAAAUUCCAUUACAAAACUGAUCAAGGUAUCAAAUGCGUGGAUACACAACGUGUCAAUGAUUUGAUAUCGUCUGAUCCCGACUACGGCAUCAGAGAUUUGUACAAUGCCAUUGCCGAUGGACGUUAUCCAUCAUACACAAUGCACAUUCAGGUGAUGACCAUGGAGCAGGCUGCCACUUGCAGCUUCAAUCCGUUUGAUCUAACAAAGGUUUGGCCUCACGCCGACUAUCCUCUGAUCAAAGUUGGAAAACUAGUCCUCAAUGAAAAUCCAACCAAUUACUUCGCCCAAGUGGAACAGAUUGCAUUCAGCCCCGCCCACUUGGUGCCCGGAAUCGAGCCAUCUCCAGACAAGAUGUUGCUGGGCCGUCUCUUCUCAUACGGAGACACUCACCGUCAUCGUUUGGGCCCCAAUUAUCUACAGUUACCCGUCAACUGCCCCUUCAAAGUUCAAAAUUAUCAAAGAGAUGGACCACAAACAAUCCACCACCAAGGCGGUGCGCCUAACUACCACCCCAACAGCUUCGGCGGUCCCACCGAUGACGCCCGCGCGAAACGACUUCUUCCACCUUAUUCCGUAUCUGGAGACGUACAGCGCCACGACGGCGGAGACGAAGAUAACUUCUCCCAACCAAGAAACUUCUAUCGUAAUGUGCUAGAUGCGGCACACAAAAAGCGACUAGUCGCCAACAUCGCCGAUCACCUCAAGGACGCGGCGGAUUUCAUACAAAAGCGUAUGAUUGUCCAUUUCUCAGAAGUAGACAAAGAUUUGGGCAAACAAAUUGCGGAUGCCUUGCAAGCGAAAACUAAACUUUCAGCCAAUUUGUAAAUGUGUCUUUUUUACAAAACAUUUCUAUUUUGUACCAACGAUCAUUUAUUUUAUAAGGUACGUUUGGUUAUAAUCUACCUGGUAUGUUAUUAAUUAGGUAGUUAGUCGUGUAUUGUCUGUUUUUUUACACCCUGGCAUGGAUGGUGAAAUAAAAAAUUUAUAAAAAAUC